CUUGAUAUACAGUACAGAAGAUAUAGAGAGAGAGAAAGAAACAGAGCAAAUACAUACAUACAUACAGCCAACAGCAUACAUUUAGAGAGAGAAACGGAACAUAUUAAUCUCUUCUUCAGAUCUGCCUUGUCAUACUUGCAGAAUUUUAAAAAUCGAGAAGAUUGAACGGUGCUACUCAGCAUUGAUUAUUAACUGAAUCGACACGGUGCCCAGUUCAAUUUUCUUCCGUAUUUGAACAUUUCUCUCUGUUCUUAGCUUUUUUAACUUGAAAUUCAAGGUGGAUUUUUGUAAUUUGGGUGUUUUAGUGGGUUUUGAGUGUAAUGUUGGUUUUCCGGUGGUUUUAGCCGGAGCUCCGGUGAGUUCAGAAUCGAGCUCCGGCGAUUCUUGUUUAGAUUGAGGAAAAUAUAAUGUGGGAUUGAGGUAAAAUAGUGAAAAAUGUUCAAGUCGGCCCGAUGGAGGAGCGAGAAGAACAAAGUCAAAGUUGUAUUCAGAUUGCAGUUUCAUGCAACUCAGCUGUCACAGGUAGGAGGGGAUGCAUUGAUGAUAUCUGUGGUUCCUGCUGAUGUUGGAAAGCCGAGUGUAAAAUCGGAGAAGGCAAUAGUUCGAGAUGGUGUUUGUUUAUGGGAUAAUCCAGUAUAUGAAACCGUGAAGCUCAAUCAAGAGCCAAAAUCGGGGAAGAUUCAUGAGAAAAUAUACUACUUUGUUGUGGGGACGGGGACCUCUAAAGCUGGAUGUGUUGGAGAAGCUAUGGUUGAUUUUUCAAUUUAUGCUGAGGUAACUAAGGUCAAUGUGUCUCUGCCCCUCAAGAAUUCAAAAUCAGAGGCUAAGUUGCAUAUUUCAAUUCAAAGGGUACAGGACUCUGUUGAUCAAAGAGAGGUUGAAGAAAGUGAGGAUACAAAAUUGAAUUCACAAGAUAGGAGCUUGAGGGCACAGUUAAGCAAUGGCGACAUGGAGGGGACUGUUAGAAACCAUUCUAUUGAAGAUGUACCUUUGAAUGAGACUGUUCCCCACAUGAAUGGCAACCGUGGAGCAUCUAGUGGAUCUGAUAUUACCAUGUCUAGUUCUGAGAGCAGCUCGGGACUUGAGACACCUUGGGAACCCCUGAUGAAGAACUCCCAUCACGAGCCUAGCAGAUACCCAUUGUCUCUGAAUCAUUACUCGGGGGCUCGUCAGCCAAAAACUGAUGCACUUAAAGCAAUGUAUGACGAGCAUCAAACGACACAGUGGGAAUGUCUUGGGAGUUCUGCCUUUGAACUAAGUACUGAUGGUACUUCAAGCACUCCGACAGAAACCAUUCUUCGGGAACACUCCCAAGAGGCUUCAGCUAUUUUGAUUGAGAAACUCAAAUCCGAGCUUGCUGCUUUAUCCAGGCAGGUAGAGAUAUCAGAACUAGAACUGCAGACUCUUCGGAAGCAGAUUGUGAAAGAGAACAAAAGGGUGCACGAUCUCUCGAGAGAAAUUACUUCCUUGAAAGAAGAGAGAGAUGUUCUCAAGGGAGAAUGUGAAAAACUUAAAGCCCUCCCGAGAAGUUUAGAUGAAGCAAAAAAUAAAACCAAUUUGCCCUUUGAGGGAGUGGAUCCUCUGGCACUUGCUGAAGAACUCAGACAAGAACUAAAUUAUGCAAAAGACCUUAAUGCCAAUCUUCAGAUUCAACUUCAGAAGACGCAAGAAUCGAACUCGGAACUAAUUCUUGCUGUGCGAGACCUAGAUGAGAUGUUGGAACAGAAAAAUCAGGAAAUAUUAGCUCUUUCCAGCAUAUCAGGGGCAAUUGACACAGAUGAAAAGUUGCGGAAAGUUAACUCCAACUGUCAAACCGAUGACGAUGACGAUGAUGAACAAAAAGCAUUGGAGGAGCUCGUGAGGGAACAUAAUGAUGCCAAGGAAGCAUACCUUCUUGAACAACAGAUCAUUGACCUCCAUAGUGAAAUAGAGAUAUAUAAGAGAGACAAAGAUGAACUUGAGAUGCAAAUGGAGCAGCUUGCCCUCGAUUAUGAGAUCAUGAAGCAGGAAAAUCACGACAUGUCAUACAAACUGGAGCAAAGCCAGCUACAGGAACAACUAAAGAUCCAGUAUGAAUGCUCGUCCACAUAUGCCUCUGCAUGUGAACUUGAAGCCCACAUGGAAAGUCUGGAGAAUGAACUGAAGAAGAGAUCAGAGGAAUUCUCAGAUUCAUUGGUCACAAUAAGUGAACUUGAAGCGCAUAUUGAAAGCCUGGAGAAUGAACUGACAAAGCAAUCAAAAGCAUUUUCAGAUUCAUUGGUCACAAUAAGUGAACUUGAGGCCAAUACUGGAAACCUUGAGAAUGAACUGAAGAAGCGAUCAAAAGAAUUUUCAGAUUCAUUAGAAACCAUAAGAGAACUUGAAGCUCAUUCCAAAAGUUUAGAGGCAGAACUCGAAACGCGGUUGGCAGCAUUCGAUGCUGAUCUGGAAGCCCUUGCACUUUCCAAAGUUGAGCAGGAGCAGAGAGCAAUACGAGCAGAAGAAACAUUGAGAAAGACACGGUGGCAAAAUGCUAAUACAGCAGAGCGGCUUCAGGAGGAAUUUAGAAGGCUUUCUGUUCAGAUGGCUUCUACUUUCGAAGCAAAUGAGAAAUUAGCCAAUAAAGCACUGGCUGAAGCAAAUGAGCUCCGUAUACGGAAAAGCUGCCUGGAAGAAAUGCUCCAAGAAACUUCUGAGAAACACGAGUCUGUUAAGGAACAGUAUGAAGCUACAUUGCAACAACUUUCCAACCAAGUGACAUCGAUGAUUGAUCAAAUAAAAAAGAUGGAGUUAGAAAUUGAAGACAAGACGAUGCAGCUUGAAAAUCAGAAAAAGCAUGCUGAAGAAACUCAAUGGCUACUGUCAGAGGAAAUUCAAAUGCUUAAAACUGAGAUUGAAACAUAUGUAAAAGAGCAUAAAAUCCUCUUAGAGGAGGCAGGAUGUAAGGAAAUUUUGACAGAAGAGCUGGAACAAAUGAGAAAAUCAGUGAAGGAAUUGGAAUUGCUUUUGGAGGACGGGAACAGCGAAAGAAUUGAACUGGAGAACAAGGUUGCUUCUGUAAAGAAGGAAGCUGAGGAGGUGCAGAAGCAAUUAAAUGAAAUGAGAUGUCAAGCCAAUGAGAAGGAAACGAUAGUUGGGAAUCUGCUGUCGGAGAUCAACACCCUUAGAGCUCAGUACAAAGAGUUGACGUGUUGUCAAUUGGAGGAUGAGUUGGAGAAAGAGAAAUUAAGGAAGCAAAUGCUUCAAUUAAAAAGUGAUCUUAAGAAGAAGGAAGAUGCAUUAAGUAGCAUGGAGAAAAAGAUAAAGGAUAGCAACGGACGAGCAACAACUUUGGAUGGAACAAAAGUAACUUCUAAAGCUAACAAAUCUAUGUCUCCUCUUCGUGGCUCCAAAGAGGUCGCCAAUCUGAAGGAGAAAAUAAAGUUGCUUGAGGGCCAGAUCAGGUUAAAGGAGACUGCUCUAGAGAGGUCGACUAAUUCAUUUUUAGAGAAGGAAAACGAUCUUCAUGACAAAAUUGAAGAGUUACAAGGAAGACUGGAGGUUCUAAACCAGAGUAGUAUCAAUUUUUGUGAAAACGAAAUCCAAAAGGUAGCUGAAGAAGUGAUUAACGCUGAUGGUGGUUCCAGCAUGAUGACCAAUUUAUCCAGUAUAAACAGUUCUUUGACAAUAUCUGAAAAGAGUGAUGACCAUACUAUCUCAGAUGAACUGAAAGCCCCUUCCAGUAAUAGUCGAGACCUUGAGGAAUCAUUGAGUUUAAUUUCUGUACUGAAAGAGAAGAACAUAUCAAUGGAAGGUGAACUGAAGGAAAUGCAGGAGAGAUAUUCAGAAAUAAGUCUCAAAUUUGCAGAGGUCGAGGGCGAACGACAACAGCUUGUCAUGACAUUACGCAAUCUUAAGAAUGCAAAGAAGAGCUCAUAGACACUCCAGUAUAUAGUUAAAUUAACCUGGGAAUUGUGCAACUUUAAAUUUACAUUUGACAGUUUCUUCAAAGUGUUUAAAAAAAAAAAAAAAAAAAAAAAUUGAAAAUUUGUGAAAAAAAAUUCCUCUUCUUAGCAUAUAUUACUUGUUUUCUUUAUUGAAUGUAAUCCAAAAUUACGAUAUAGUUUCAUCGUGUAGGUACAUCGUAUGCAUUGGUAUUGAUUCAUUUUUCCUGAAAAAUAGUACUUGUAAUGUAGUGAUCAAAAUGAGUGAUGAAGUUUUGAUUAUAGAAAUAUAUAAUGCGUUCAACAUU